CCACACAAGUCAAAUCUGCUACUGCAUUCAAGCAAAACAAGUUAAUUCAGUCUGAAUACAAACCCCUUUCAUAGGAGUUCUAUGGUAACUUUGACAAUAAUCACCUUGCAACGAACUACUUUCAACACCAAGUUGUAGCCAGGUCAGUUCGAGUGCAUCCCAUCCGGUGGUAUUGCAAACCCAGCAUGCGACUGGAGCUUCUAGGCUGCACAGUACUUUGCCAAUCUCAACUGGGCGUGGAAGAUGGAACAAUUCCAGACAGCUCAUUUACUUCAUCUUCUAGUCUGCAAAGUGCCGGUUUCCAAGCCGAUAGAGUUAGACCUGGUUGUAUAGGCUUUCUGAUAAUGGAUCAUUCACAUCUUCUUUCUGUCGACCGAGAGGAUAAUUGGAUCCAGGUUGACUUUGGGGAGCCUACACGUAUUUCGGGUCUUAUACUCGAAUCCUGGACUUUGGAGAGUUAUGGAUGUACGUAUGGUUUCUAUUUGAAACACAGAACAUCAAAUGAUUCCACGGGAUGGAUAUCAAUCAGGAACAACUACGGCAACGAGGCGUUCCUACCAACAGAAGGGGUUCCAGUCUUUUAUUGUCGGGAGGAAAGGACUACUAGCUUUUUCAGCCAGAGUGUCCUCACUCAGUUCAUACGAAUGUACAUAGCUCACAUCGAUUUAAUCUCUUCACAAACAUGCGCCUGGAUGAAGUUUGAUUUCCUUGGCUGUCGUAGACAUUUGCAGACUGCUAGGACAUGUCAAACAUUGCACGCUGAGGGGUAUCUGCUGGAUGACACCUACGAAAUAGACAUGGACGGUUUAAACCAAGGACAGCUCCCAUUUCAGGUUUUCUGCAAUAUGUCAACUGGUACAACCAUCAUCCACCACGAUGGUGAGGAUUCUUUCAAAAUCGGCGAACCGCAGAGCAGGGCCAUUACGUACAACAUUGAUGUGCAGCAAGUCAUUAGUGUAAUCGAAAAUUCGCUGUCGUGUCAGCAAAUAGUCAGAGUUGUGUGUCCCACAACUAACCUUACCGCGUCGCCAUCGCCACUGACAUCUCAACCAUUCAAGUGGGGUGCCAGGAAUGGAGAAAUAAUGCCAAAUUGGGGAGUUCCUACUGGGAAAACAGGCUGUGACUGUGGCUUGACCGAUGAGUGCAACGCUGAUCAUCAGAAGUGCAACUGUGGCUAUGCUCGCAACAGGUCCCAUUGGGACUACGACGAGGGGAUACUUACUGACAAAGAUGCCCUGCCAGUCACGCUGAUCAAAUCAGACACCAUCGAAGAACUGCACGUUACCGUUGGGGCAUUAAUCUGCAAAUGGAAACACCCGUCCAGUGGCAAUAUGUAGAGUGGGACAGAACUAAAAAGUCUGCUUUUGAGAACUUAAACGUUACCAGGUCCACAUGUUUAAAAUAUCCGCUGUAAUAACUCUGCACUGUAUUAGCAUGCCAAAAUAUCAAUUACGACAAAACUACGAACCGUAAUGCACUUAGACACUAUUCACUUGAAUUUUCUUUUCUUUCGGCUGUAAUGUUAAUGUGAUGUUGUCUGUAUGGCAGAACAGUAAAGUCUAACUCUCUAUUCGCCUGAAAUGCUGUAGAAAAGCUUCACGCAUCAAACUGCACUUUGCUGCUUGAGUGAAUGAACCUAAGCCAGAAAAUGUUACCAGCGUGGGUUGGAACUGACACCCCCCCCCAAAAAAUCGAUGCACCAGAUACUGCAAUUUCUUUAGGCCCUUGAAUUUUUAACUGACAUAUCUACUGAGUAAGAGAUUAUUUCAACUGCUUGUGUUGAAGGGGAUUUAAUCGCACCCAGAUGCAAAACAUAUCUCAAUGCGCUUUAAAAUCUAACAUGUACAUGUAUAGUGGACUGAUAUCCAUGCAUUUCUUCAACACGUAUCUCUUAAAGGCACGUAUAAUGACAUUUUCUUUGCAUUCGUAUUUUAAGUAUUGUUAUUUCGAUGUGUCCAUGAUUCAAAAGUAUGGUUGGCUUCACUAUUUAGAAAACUGUUUACCUACAUACGUAAUUUGUGUAGUUGUUUGACUAAUAAUUUCUAAAUAUUUAAUUAUUACCUUUUCCUCGAGUCCACACUGCGAACUCCAUUGUGCACUAGUUUUCAUACGAAAGGUAGCUUGGGAAGGGCCCGCAACUAACUUGUCUCAGGUCACAGAUGUUGUGAUAAAUUGUUUUAGAGCGUUAUUGUGCAGAGUCUGAGAGUUAGCACUUUGGUAACUCGGCAAUAAUUUAUUUUGCUCUGCCAAGACAAAUAAUCAUAUAGCUUAACAAGCAUAAUUUAUGCAUAUGCAUACAAUUACAGCCCUUCCUUGCAAAAUUCAAGACCACUGAAAUGCCUACUACUAAAGUAGUAUUCCAUUCAUAAAGUUCCUUGCUAAUGGAAGGUUCGAGACCACUGUUCGAGACCACUAAACAAUUAAGUUGUGUCUCGUUGUCUCAUUGAUAUCCUUUCAACUUCAAUUUCACAAUGUGCUCACUAACAAGAGUCCAUAGAGGGAGGCUCUGAUCUACAACCACCAGCAGCGGAAGUGCGGGAACACUAUCAUCCAGUGACACAGCCUACCUGUAGUAUAGGUUCCUUGUACCACGGUGACCCAUAAUACAACUUAUAACUGAAUUAAAAUUAACAUCUCUGUGACAUGAUUCUAAAAUAAAAGGGUCAUUCUAGGCUUUUUCUUCGCUACAGCUUGGGUGUGGGGCAAAGCAGUGUCUUCAGACGUACUGAUAUUUACAAAGUAAAUUGAGAACCAGCACAAGACUGAUUCCUUUGACAAUAUACUUUAGGUGAAUGCAUCAACUCGGAUAAGCCGCUGUCAGAGCUCAGCCAACUUAGGCCUUGUAUUUCAUAUGCAAAUGUUUUAUCCCCAGUUUUGAAUACCAAUUGAAGUUAGAGGGCUAUUUCUUUUCAUUCUGCUUAACUUCCUUCACAUGUAAUUAGCAUUUUGGGCUUUUGGUUUCGUGGGUUUGAGUUGUACCAGGGGUGAACAAAGGUAAGUUAUUUAUUAAGCCAAGGAGGUCUUUUGUUUGAAUGAAUGCUUGUGCUGGGUGUGUGUGCAAGUGGUGGAUGCAGUGGUAUAUAAAAGGAGUGUACCAUCUUUUGUCCAGGGCCACUUGUUAUGCUAUUCCAGUGAUAGUAACGUCG